GUCGAGCUUCCGAGGCUUUUGUAACACACUCGCCGUGAAUGUUACCAAACGCAGCGAUCGUGAUGUUAAGAAACUGAUCCACGCUCCACAAACGGACUCUUAAAGAAAAUCAGCAUGUCCCACACGUGUAUUCACUGGUUCCGCAAGGGGCUCAGACUGCACGACAAUCCAGCACUGAUCGCUGGUCUGAAGGACUGUAAGGAGCUGUACCCUGUAUUUGUCUUGGAUCCUUACCUUUACAACAAGGCUUUUGGCUUGAACCGCUGGAGGUUUCUUAUAGGAUCACUCAGGGACCUGGAUUGCAGCCUCAAAAAACUCAACUCAAGGCUGUUUAUUGUCAGAGGUGAACCUAAGGAUGUGUUCCCCACGCUCUUUAAGAAGUGGAAAGUGUCAAAGUUGACUUACGAGUACGACACAGAACCUUACAGUUUAAGCCGUGACCAAACUGUCACAGAACUGGCUAAAGAACAUGGGGUUGAAGUCAUUUACAAAGUAUCACACACCCUCUUUGACAUUAACAGAAUAAUCGAAGCAAACAAUGGCAAGCCUCUUCUUACCUAUAAGCGGAUGCAAGCCAUUGUAAGUGACCUUGGUUCUCCUAAAAAGCCAAUCCCUGCUCCGACUGUGAAUGAUAUAAAAUAUACAAGUACUCCAUCCUCUAAAGACCAUGAGGAGAAGUUUGGUGUUCCUACACUAGAUGAGCUGGGUCAUGACAUUGCAUCCAUCUCUGAGGAGCUUUUUCCAGGUGGAGAAGUAGAGGCUUUGAAGAGGCUAGAUGAACACAUGAAAAGAACUCAAUGGGUGUGUAAUUUUGAAAAACCCCAGACCUCUCCUAAUUCUCUGAUGCCAAGCACCACUGUUCUUAGUCCUUAUGUCACGUUUGGUUGCUUGUCUGCACGCACUUUUUGGUGGAGGUUGGCAGAGGUCUAUCAAGGGAAAAAGCACUCCUCUCCUCCAGUUUCUCUGCAUGGUCAGUUACUUUGGAGGGAGUUCUUUUACACAGCCAGUUUAGGAAUCCCCAACUUCAACAAGAUGAAAGACAACCCUGUAUGUACGCAGGUGGACUGGGACAAUAAUCCAGAAUUCCUGGCCGCUUGGAGAGAGGCUCGGACAGGGUUUCCAUUCAUCGAUGCCAUUAUGACACAGCUGAGGACUGAGGGGUGGAUUCACCACCUGGCCAGACAUGCUGUUGCCUGCUUCCUUACUCGAGGCGACCUUUGGAUCAGCUGGGAGGAAGGACAAAAGGUUUUUGAGGAGCUUUUGUUAGAUGGAGACUGGGCUUUGAAUGCCGGGAACUGGCAAUGGCUCUCAGCAAGUACCUUCUUUCACCAGUUUUUCAGAGUCUACUCCCCCGUGGCAUUUGGCAAGAAAACAGACAAAAAUGGAGAUUAUAUCAAAAAGUACCUGCCUUUAUUGAAAAAGUUUCCACCCCAGCACAUUUAUGAGCCAUGGAAAGCUCCUCGCAGUGUCCAGCAGGCUGCAGGAUGCAUUAUUGGCAAAGACUAUCCAAAGCCUCUUGUAGAGCAUGAAGUUGUGAGGAAGAAGAAUAUUCAGAGGAUGACGUUAGCCUAUGCCAAGAGAUCAGCAGAUAAGUCUGAGUCACCCAGCAAAAAACAAGGUGUGAAACGCAAAGCACCAUCUGUUGUGGACAUGUUGAAUAAAAAAGCAAAACAGAAGUAAAGCAAAGCAGUAGCCAAAUGAACAUUGUAUUAUAAGGGGUCUUAAACUGUGUGUGGUUUACAUUUUUUUAAACAAAUAUUUUCUUUUGCACAUUUUGCAGUUGUGUGUACUUGCUUCCCGUCUAUAGUCUUAGUUUCUUUUUUUCUUUUCUUUUUUUUUUUUUUUUUUUUAACAAUAAAUACUGUUUUUGUUGCU